AUGAUAAGUUAUAAUAACGCAAGCCUUUGUAUUUCAGAUUUCAGGUACUCAGACUCCACCUUUACCUUCACCUAUAUCGGAGGCUCCAAAAGCGUGUCCUAUUCAGUGCAUGUCUCUGAGGAUUACCCAGAUAACACGUAUGUUUCCAGCUCAGAUAAUGAUGAAGAUGUGUUAGUUACAACAGAGCCAAUCCCGGUAAUUUUCCAUCAGAUUGCUACAGAAUUAAGAAAAACCAGUGAUGUCAACUACUGCUUAUCCAUAAAAUCAAAAUUACAGAAGGAAAAUGGAGAGGAGUCCAGGCACAACAGCGCAGUUGAAGAAGAUUCUGAAGGAGAUAAUGAUUCUGAAGAAUUUUAUUAUGGAGGACAGGUUAGCUAUGAUGGAGAACUUCACAAGCACCCGCAGCUGGAAGCUGAUUUAACAGCAGUGAGAGAGAUCUAUGGACAUAAUGCAGUAUCUCUCAGGGAAUAUGGAGCCAUUGAUGAUGUAGAUAUUGAUCUGCAUAUUGAUGUUAGCUUUCUUGAUGAAGAGAUUGCUGUGGCUUGGGAUGUAAUUCGCACAGAGCCUAUAAUAGUGCGAUUGCACUGUUCACUUACACAGUACUUAAAUGGUCCAGUGCCAACUGUGGAUGUAUUUCAGAUCUCUACGAAGGAAAGAUUUGGGUUGGGACAUCAGCUGAAAAAAAUCAUGCAGACGUUUGUUACACAGCAGUGGAAGAAUAGCAAAGAAAAAUCUAACUGUACGCACAAUAAGAAGGUGUCUGACAAAAAGGUGAAAUCCCCUCUGCACAUCUUUUCUACAUUGCGCAGGUCGCCAAGUUAUCCUCCACCUGGCUGUGGUAAAAAUAAAUCAAAACUGAAGUCAGAACAGGAUGGCAUCUCCAAAACUCACAAGCUACUGAGAAGGACUUGCUCUAGCACAGUUAAGGCAGAGGAUGUGUGUGCCACAAAAUCCCACAGAACCUUUGGCCGCUCAUUGUCCAGUGACCCUAGAGCUGAACAGACAAUUGCUAUUAAAUCGCACAAACUGUUGAAUCGUUCUUGCUCUGCAGCUGUCAAGCAAGAGGAGUGCAUCACUUUAAAGCCCCAUAAGCUGUUAAGUAGGUCGUGUUCGGGGGAUCCUCGAUGUGAGCACAACAGCACCUUGAAGCCCCACAAACUUUUAAGCAGGUCUUACUCCAGUAAUCUUAGAAUGGAAGAAUUGGAUGGAUUGAAGAACCACAAGUUACUCAGCAAGACUUACUCCAAUGCCCCUAAAUCAUCCAAAAUGGAGCCUUUCAAGGAGUCCACCAUAGCAGAGGGCAGGAGGCUCUCUCUUACCUCAGGGCUUAUUGGUAUCUUAACACCAUCUUCUUCAUCAUCACCUUCACAAGCUGCUCAAAAUUAUGGUGCAAAAUGCAUUCCGAUACGAGACCGUGGCUUUCUUGUGCAGACUAUUGAAUUUGCUGAGCAGCGGAUACCAGUGUUGAAUGAAUACUGUGUGGUUUGUGAUGAACCCCAUGUGUUCCAGAAUGGCCCUAUGCUGAGGCCCACUGUAUGUGAACGGGAGCUCUGUGUUUUUGCUUUCCAAACAUUAGGAGUGAUGAAUGAAGCUGCUGAUGAAAUUGCAACUGGGGCUCAGGUAGUUGAUCUGUUAGUAUCCAUGUGCCGGUCUGCGUUAGAGUCACCUAGAAAAGUUGUCAUUUUUGAGCCAUAUCCUUCUGUAGUUGAUCCUAAUGAUCCUCAGAUGCUGGCCUUUAAUCCCAGGAAGAAGAAUUAUGACCGAGUCAUGAAAGCAUUGGAUAGUAUCACUUCUAUUAGAGAGAUGACACAGGCACCUUACUUGGAAAUAAAGAAGCAGAUGGAUAAACAGGACCCGCUUGCGCAUCCUCUUCUACAAUGGGUUAUUUCUAGUAAUAGAUCACAUAUUGUGAAGCUACCAGUGAAUAGGCAACUAAAGUUUAUGCACACUCCCCACCAGUUCCUUCUUCUCAGUAGUCCACCAGCCAAAGAAUCCAAUUUCCGAGCUGCUAAAAAUCUCUAUGGAAGUACCUUUGCAUUUCAUGGUUCACACAUUGAAAAUUGGCAUUCCAUCCUGAGGAACGGCUUAGUUGUUGCUUCCAAUACCAGGCUGCAGCUCCAUGGUGCAAUGUUUGGAAGUGGAAUCUACCUUAGUCCAUUGUCAAGCAUAUCAUUUGGUUACUCAGGGAUGAACAAGAAGCAGCAGAAGGUAUCAGCUAAGGAUGAACCUGCUUCAAGCAGCAAGGGCAGUAAUACAUCACAGUCACAGAAGAAAGGACAACAGUCACAAUUUUUGCAAAGCCGUAACUUAAAAUGCAUAGCCUUAUGUGAAGUGAUAACCUCAUCCGAUCUGCACAAACAUGGAGAGAUAUGGGUAGUUCCCAAUACUGAUCAUGUGUGUACAAGAUUUUUCUUUGUUUAUGAAGAUGGUCAAGUGGGUGAUACAAGUAUAAAUACACAGGAACCAAGCAUUCAUAAAGAGAUUCUUCGAGUCAUUGGCAAUCAAACUGCUACUGGUUAAAAGGACCACUCUUAUUUAAUUGAUGUGAUUUGGAAGCCUUCCUCAGUCUCAAAGCUGGAUUUUGAACUGAAGAAGAUGCAAAAAACUAAUUUAUUAUUAUUAUUCUAAGCAAAUUAACCCUUUGAAUACUUACUGUUUUCUUACUUAGUAUUUCUUAUCUCAUCAAGAUACCUAAGAUGGUAUGAAUUAGCAGCUGUAGGGGUAAAAAGUCUAUUGAUAUACUACAACUAAUAAUAAUUAAACAGGCAUUUGGGUUGCUCACAAUAAACAGACUUUGAAAAGGAGUUUUGUGCUGAUAUUUUUACAUUAAACUCUUCAAUUGGAGGUUUUAGUACUGUAUACUGGUAUUUUAAAUUUAGAAUGACUGAAUUAUAACCAAGAGAGAAGAUUUUAUAGCGGAGAACCUGUAUUAUGCAGGAUACUUUGCAAUAAGUAAAAUAUUCUCAUAUAUAAAUACAAUAAAAGGCUAUCUGGAACAUGUAAAUUAAAGAGAUUGGUUACCUGCAGUUAUCUUUGAUUCAUUUUAUUUUACACAGAUACAGCUAGGAUUUAGAAUCAAAGGUUAAAACAAUAAUACAUUGUUGACUUAGUCAGUGAAACCAAAUGAAACGUAAUGACUCCGAUGGUGUGUCUUUACUCUUCUUUAGCCUCUCUGGAAAAAACUAUUCAUUAAAUAGUUCAGUUACAUAUUUUAAUUAUACAAGCCCAGCAAACAACUAGAAAUUCAGAAGAUAACAUCCUUUUUACAGAUUUAUUUUGUAUACAUUAUUUUUGCAAUUUCUUCAAGUAACAACAUUCUUUAAUGUUUUUGCCUUAACUUUAGUGAGACUGCUCUUGUGGUUUAAGUUAGCCACAUAUUUAAGUGCCACCAGAAUUAGAAUAUUUUUAUGUUUGAGUUGAUUGUUAAUACAUUAGAAAAUGCAAAGAAAUAUAAAAUUUUACUGAUUUCCUCUUGCUGAAAUUCUUUUAUUAAUUUAUUCCUAAGACACAUUGAGCCCAUUCAUAUCUCUCUGUCCUUUACACUAACAACUGUCUUUUCUCUUAAUAAAUGGUUACCACCAAGUAAGCAGGUUGGCAACACACAUAGGGGCCCGGUCCCUGAGUCAUAAAGCAUACCGUUUGCCCUGCUGAGCACAUUUGGCCCUCACAGUUGCCAUCUUGCAGGAUCGCACCCUUAAAUAAGGAGAGCAGUUGAGCUUGCCCAUCCAUACACUUCGUACAGGCCACCUCGGAAGGUAAAAAUUGACCAGAGAGUUCAUACCCUCAAUUCUCCAUUGUGUGAUUUUCAUAAUAGAGAUCUUGAAGAGCCUAAUAAUGGCACAUCACAGGCUAGUGUUUGUUUCCUUUAGAUAGAACUGCAUUAGAGGGAUAAUUUUCAUACUUUCUAGUAGUGGGUGAUUCCUUUUUUUUUUAGUCCCAGCUAUACUCUCCUUAUUUCCUGCAGUAAUUGAAAUGCUCUGCAGGCAAAGUAGUGUUAUUUUACUUGGAGAUGUUUUUAGCAGCUCAGGCUUACUUAUUGCUGACCUCAAUUCUGGUUUAACAUCUAAACCUGUAAACCUGAUUCUGUUUGCAAAUUCCCCUUUUGCUCUUGAAUUUCUGUUGGCUUUCACUACCGUUUGGUGGACCCCUAGUUUGGGAAUCACUGCUCUAAUUGUUAUCUCUUGUUUUGGGAUACAGGUUAACUUCUUGAAACAAAGAGGAUUCCUGAAAUUAAUAUUUCUGUAUUAGGACUGCACUAGGUUGUGCAACUUGCAACUGCACAAAAUCAGAGUAAUUCAGAAGUGGAGCUGCAAACAUGGAAUUGCUAUCCCUCCAUAGUUUUUCCUGCUCUAGGUGGCUGAAUUAGAAUGUGUCACAGAACAUAGCCAAAAAAUUAGGAAGCAAGUCCACAAAGAUAUCCUACAGUGACUUACUGGAAUGAUUGUCCACUGCUCUGAGAGGCCUCCUCAAAAUUUAGGAAGAAAGAUGACCCUGAGAGAAGGGGAGAAGCCAGGUGAGCAGUCGUAUUACCUGUCCCACGUAGCAGGAUCACAACUGAAGCCUUUGAAGGAAGAAACCUGGAAUAUAGCUAUGACAGUAAGUCAGCCUUGGUUUGCAUAGUGGUGUCAUGGUGCUGGCCGUAUAUGGAGCCAUCGUAAGUGCAACCUUUGAAAAGGGGAAAGAAGUACAUCUCUGCCAUCUUUUAAGACUGUUUGGAAAAUUGUUUUACAUGGUUCAAUGGGAGGAAGGGAAAGUGUGGAGGAAAGCAGAGCUCUGCAAUGUGCGUGGGGACCUUGCUGUAGUAAGGAGUCCACUUGAGAGAAUAGUUUUGAGGGGAUUGACCAAAGCAUGGCGGAGAAGGAAGGUGACCAAAAGUAAAAGGCAUAGGGUGAUGAGCACAGAGGCUGCAAAACAGUGGGAGAAAGCAAAACUAUUCAGGGAGAAGGAUAGUUCUGCAGAGGCAAGUGGAGUGUUGGUGGGGAAAAAUAAAGGGAUGGGAGGUGCCGAGGUACUGAUAGGUGGCAUUAACAGCUCAGGUCACACCCACGUAUAUGAAAGUUAUGGAUGGAAGGAGAAAGGAUUGCUAGGGCAAAGCCAUAGUGUGGGGCAAAGGCAGCCCACUAGUGGGGCACAGCCCUGGGGAGCUCUGGGGAGCCAGGGCUACGGGUGAAGGUUUUGCAGUGCUAGGACGCCAGCCCAGUGUCACAUACAAAUAUAGGGGCACAAAGAGCAUCAGUGCACAAGGUGGUAACGGAGGUAAUAGAGCUUGACUUUGGAAACAGCUUCUUAUGUCUCCUGAUGUCAGUGUGUAAGGAGCUCUGUUUAUUCCCUCCAUAUCUGUAGUUACUCCUACUAUCUGUAGGAGUCAUCCUGAAAAGCUCCCUCUGAGCAGGAGAGGAGGUCAAGAUCCCUAGGGAGCUGCGGGCGUGUUUUCUGCUUUCCCUGCUGUGUCCACAUCCGUGGGACUGUGCCAACACUGUGGCUUCAAGGGAAAUGUGAAGAUUUUCCAUGUAUUUACUCUCAGCUCUGUGCAGCCACACAAGGGAGCAUGCAGGCUUUAAGAAAGGGUGUAUGGUGUGUGAUUAUCAAUCUUAAUUUCUGUGGUUUUCUUUCUCAGAUGACCUCACUUAAGAAGCAGAUUGUCCUGAUUGAACUCCUACUUACAUAUAGAGGUAUUUGUUUAAAGAAAUCUCCUGUGCAUAAAAAUUAACUUUAAAAAAGUAGAAGGACCUGUUCCUGCAAGGUCCUGAGAGGCUAGGCCUUGUUAAACCCCAUUAUUAGUGGAGCUGAAGAGCAAUGAGCUCAUUGCAGAGUCAAUCUAUCCACGAAAGUAUGCUGCUUUUCUUACCAGCUUUAUUUUCCUUACCUUUACCAUGCACCUAAUUGUAUAGGAAGCUAAGUUAAUUUCCUCACGAGGACAAAAAUUGGUUCGGAGGUACUAUGGUCAUGAUCUGCAGGUGCCAGAGUCUAUAUAGAGUGAUGCAUCAUCUGAGAGCUCAUAACUCCACGGGAGUUGAGGGAAUCCAGGACCUUAUGGGAUUGCAUCCCACGGAAAUCCUCCCACUUUACCAACAGCAAUAGAAUUAAACUGAAAUUCACUUGCUACGCCGUAUCUUGAUCACUCUUUUUUUUUUAGGUGAAAUAUUAAUCAGAAACUUCUUCUAGGUGUUAUAUUAUCUGCAGGUGGAAAUGUUUCUUCAGAUCGUUCCUUUA